AUGAAUAAAGUUUGUUUAGUAGUUCUCAUCGGAGUUCCUGGUGCGGGAAAAACCACCUUUUGUGAAAGAUUCAGGAGCAUUUCAUCUAAACAAUGCUCACUAGUCAAUGUUAUUCAUGUUUGUUUCGAUAAAUUUAUAAAACUAGAAGAUAAAAUCGAUUUGGACACAGGUCGUUUCAAAGCGAAAAGGCAACAGCUUUUGGAAUCACUAGGAGCACUUAUCGAAGGAAUCAAGCUGCAUGAUCAAAAUAAGCUUGAAUCAGCAAAUGAAGAUUUAAUUCGUAAAUUUAAUGAAAAUAUUUCAAUAGAUUUAAGCGCACAGCCGAGGGGUAAAAUAUACGGCAUUCUCGUAGAUGACAACAUGUACUACAGAAGCAUGCGUUACGAAGUUUUAGGUUUGGCUCGAAAAUAUCAAACAGGAUUUCUCCAAUUAUUUUUCAACGUUCCUUUCUUGGAGGCGAAGGUAAGAAACAACAAAAGGGCGAAUCCCAUUUCAGAUGAAAUUAUGUUACGAAUGAGGAGCAAACUGGAAAAACCAAAUGAACAUUUCUACAAAUGGGAAAGGAACACAAUGGAACUGGAUGGAAAAGUGAAUUUUGAUUAUUUUCCAGAGAUUGAACACACAAUCGUGCAAUGCGCCAACGCUCCCGAAGCUUCAAAGGAACCAGCUAAUGAGAGACAACCUGUGGAGCAAUCAACUCUCCAUAAGGUAGAUUUACUGUUGAGAAAGACCAUAAGCGAUAUAAUGAAAAACCGUAAAUCUAACAUAGACAGUGAAGAUUUGAAACGAUUAUCGGAACAACUCGUGAAUCGAAGAAAGGCGAUUCUGGAUGAUUUGAAAAUGGGGUCAAUUGUCAUUGAUCCACAAUCUGCUACUAGCGAACAGAUGCGACUAUUGUUUGAAUAAAUGCGUA